AUGGCGGAACGCGACUUUUUGGUCGCGCGCGUCUUGCACGAUAAGGGUGCAGUGACGUACAAAAUUCUCAGUCGCGCGCUUGGCAUUCACGUCGAUGCGGCAAGGAGCGCACUGCAAACUUUCUACGACCAGCACACUACGCUGUAUGCAAUUUACAUGGUCACUGGGCGCAGCGCCGAUACGGAGUGUAUCGAGCUGGUAGGCAAAGACGCACUCGACGCAUGCCUUGCCAAGUAUACCAAUGCACAGUACCAGAUGUAUGCAGUGCAACCCCACGCCAAGUACGACGCGCCGCUGCUUGCGUCGGCGGUAAAGCAGGUCAUGUACGAGCCCGACGCGCCGCAACGGCACAAUGGCACGCUUGGAAUCCUUACAAAUACGCGUAUAGUCCAGCGCAAUGGUCCGCCAGGCGCAGCGCCAUGCCGCGUCGUCUCUGCGUCUGUGCCAAGCGUUUUGGAAACGCCGCGCACAGAGCAAGCCGCGUCCGCGCCUGCGCCCGCUCCCAAAGCCCAAGGCACUGGACGUGUGCGCAAGAAACGCAAGGUUGUGCGCAAAGUCAAGGUCAAGAACGAGCGUGGAUACACAGUUACACAGGACGUCGAGGAGUACGAAUCGUACUCUGAGGACGAGUUGGCAGAGAGCGAUAAAGCCGCGUCCAAACCCAAACCAAAAAAGGCCCAGCCAAGCCUCACGAGUUUCUUUGCCAAGCAGCAAAAAUAG